GCAGCUGGAGGGCCAUGCUAGGGAAGAGGCCACGCUUCCCAAACUUCCUGCCCCGCUCGCUCGGCCAACGGGUGCCAAGAGCUGCCGCCGCGACCGCCGCCGAGCGAGCGCUUCCUCAGCCAGGGAACCGCAGGAGCCGCCGCAGCUCCCGGGGGAGGACCUGAGCGCUCGCCUUGCUUCUACCUCGCCGAGCGCGCGCGCGCGCGAGAUGAGCGGGCCUCGAGGGAAAGCGCCCGAGGCUGCCCCCCAAAGCGGCGGUCGCUGCGCCGGGGGCGUCGGCAGGGGCCCCGUUAUCCUCUCGCUGCUCUUCUCGCUCCUCUCGGUGGGCGCUUGCUUUCUCCUCAGCGCCAAGACCUCCAAGCUGCAAGGGCGGCUGGUGGCCCUGGAAGAAGAGUUGGCCAGCCGCGCCUGGAGCCCCGGAGAGCAGCUGGCCGCCGAGCCUUUGCUCGCCGCGCUUCAGCCUCAGGUGGACGACCUUCUCCGGGAGAAACUGAGCGAAGGAUUAGCCAAACUACGUACAGCAAGAGAUGUACCCUCUGAAUGUCAUUGCCCACCAGGUCCACCAGGAAGAAGAGGAAAGCCUGGACGACGGGGAGAACCAGGUAAUUUUCUUGUACUUCUUGUAAAGUAA